AUGUUGCCCUCUGUCAUGUUUGGUUGGACAGUGAAAGAAAACGAUGAAUCCCAGGAGGUGGUGCCGUGGGAAGAAGCCUUUGCCAGAGUUGCCAAAGCGCAAGAAAAGGCUUCACUAAUGCAACCAUUAGCACUCGAGGAUCUGGCGGCACUCUCUGGAUGCUGCAUCCAUCUGAAUGCACGAGUGUCCCAGUUCCAGUCCUGGCUUAGAGAGCCGGACUCCAAGAACAAGUUGAAGUUCACAUAUUGGAAUAAAGACCUCAGUGAGAUGGAGAAAACCAUGACACAGCUGUCUAAUAGGCUGGCUCAAGGUGGUCUCAAACAAGGCCACAUGGUGAUAUUGCCCAUGGACGAUGAUCACUUUCUGGAGACGAGAUACCACUUCUCGUGGCCUUUGUUAUGCUUGUUAUACAUGGUCCAGCUGUAUACCCAACUGGUGGCUCUUACAGUCAUGCAAGAGACUCAUACCAUUCUACAUGGCGAGGCAAGCAAAACGUUACACGCUAGGCUCCGAGAAGCUGCCUUGGAGGUUUGGAAGUGUGGGCCGUAUCUUCAGUCUCUAGAUGCCAUGACCGGGCCUUUCCCAACAGCACCUAUUUUCGCGACCUACGAAAUCGCCAAUCUGGAGGAGAAAGAAUAUGUGCUUGAUUUGGUUCGGUAUUUGGAUAAAUAUUGGGGAAACUUGCCACGGACCCGGGAGGAGCAACGGCUGUAUUUGUCGAAAAUGGCGUUGUCUCUGACUGGUCGAGAUCCAGAUACUCCUUAUUUUUAA